GGUGCUGCGUGUAUCUUGUAUAUUUUACUAGUCACAUUUCGUAUUAAUUAAACGGAAAUGCGCGCGUUUAUUGUUACGUGCCUGUUUUGCAUGGCGUUGGCGAUGCCACAAGGAUAUAAUUACCAGAACGGUGGCAAUCUACAGCUGCCGGGCAUCCCACUCAUAUCUGCUGGUACAUCCAGCUUCCAGCAGCAGCCGGCCAGCAUCGAUGAGCAGCGAAUUGUGCAGCAGGCUCUGCAGGCGCCCAAGCUGCAGCAGAUUUUCAACCAACAACCACAACAACAGCAAAUCUUCCAGCAGCCGCAACAGCAACAGCAACAGCAGUUCUCCAACUAUGCCUACAAUCAACCGCAAACAUAUAAUCAUGGUCAAGCUCCAGUUGUCUCCAAGGAUAUCUAUGUGCAUGUGCCGCCAGCAGAUGAGCCAGAGGAUCGUCAUCCACAACCCGCUGUGCCAGUUGGGCCACCACGCAAACAUUAUCGCAUUGUGUUUAUUAAGGCGCCCACUCCCAGUGUCAGCAAGGCAACGCUACGUGUCAAACAGGCGCCCAUUGAGGAGAAGACCAUCAUCUAUGUGCUGACCAAAAAGCCAGAUCCACUCGAUCUGCAAACGGCUAUUGAGGAGGCACCCAAGCCCAUCAGCAAACCGGAGGUCUUCUUCAUCAAGUACAAGACGCAGGAGGAAGCAGCUCAUGCGCAGCGCACAAUACAAGCUCAAUACGAUCAGCUUGGUGGCACCACACAGGUCUCCGAUGAAGGUGUCGCUCCGGUCACAUCGGUGAUUGGAUCGUUGGACAAUCAGCGUGGAAUUGGAGCUGGUUUAAGUGGAGGCAAUGCCAAUGGGGGUAUAGGUGCUAUUAAUGGCCUUGGAAGCCUCACGAGUGCCAUUUCCAGCAAAUAUUUGCCCGCCAAUUUGCGUGCGUGAAAAGAAUAUACUGACUGAAAUCACAAGAAUCAUUGUUGUUUGUUUUUUAGGCAUAAGUAACUCAAAUGUUGUAAAUAUAAUAUAUAGCUAA